AUGACGCGCGGCGCGCAGGGAGAGCGGCGAGAGGGAGAGGUGGCGCGCGCGCUGCGGAGCCCGAGCCGGAGCCGGAGCCGGAGCCGCCUUCGCCGCCGACCGACGCGGACGGGCUGGGAGCGGCUCGCCCCGGCGGCCUUUCCGAGCCCGAGGCGCCUCGCUCCGCCGCCGCCGCGCCCGCGCCCCAUGCCUCGGGGCGGCGCAUCCCCCGGACCGCCGCUUCGCCCCAGCCGCCGGCUCCCUGCCCGGCCGCCGCGCCUCACCACAGCGCCCACCUGCUGCGGCUUCUCGGGGAACCAGGCGCGGGACGAACUGCAUGUAAAGACGGAACCGCCACAGCGCCCCAGUACGUAGGCGAGGCGCGGCGCGGCGCCCCGGCCAGCCCGGCCACUUGCGCAAAGUUUGGGGGCUUCGCUUCUCGCUCGGCGGGGCGCCCGGGAAAGCGGCGGCUCCGGCUGCUUGGCGUUGUCAUGGGGAUGGCGCGCGGGGGGCUCGGGCGGGCCGGAGGGCGGCGACCUGUCCUGCUCCGGGGCAGCGGAGCUUCCCGGCGGGGGGCGGGCCGGAGGCGCGGGGCGCGGGGCGAGGCGCCGAAAGAGGCAGGCUGGAGUUGCGCGCGGGGAGCGGCGGCACUUUUCGGCCGGCGAGGAAGUGGGUCUCUCCCUUCUCGGCUCGGCUCCGCGGGUCCCGCCUUGGAACCCGGCCGCUUUGGCGAUCGUGGGGGAGCAGGCCAGCUCCUGAAGUGAAGCGGAGAGAGCCUUUCUCAUCCCGGAUCGAGAUCUGCCUCGAGGGCAGCCCCGUCCGGACCAGGCAUCCUGCACGUGCCCCUGGCUCGAGGCGGUCCAUCGGAAGCAGGUUGCUGGGCGGAUCCCGCGCUGCGGCGAGGCCAGCGGCAGGCGCCGACCCGGGCUCUCGGGGGGCGAGGCGGACUUGCCCCGGGGCGGAGGCGGGUGUCUUCGCCCGGCCUCUGAGCCCCCUCGUCCGGGGUGCGGCGAUGCCCAACCUCUUCUGGGAAGAGCGGGGCGAGGCGGGAUGGACGCUGCUCGGGGGCAGGAGGCGGAUGCCGGGCGAAGAAGGGGCUUUUCUAAUGGACGGUGUCUAACUUGAAAGUAAGGAGGAUGGUGGUUUUUGGGGAAGAGUGUCCCGGCAGAGGACUCGCCAGCAGCCCCCCAUCGGGGACUCCGGAGGAAGGGUUUCCACAGGUGGGACUGGAGUCGCUUCGCUUUUAGAAAGGCGCGCCGGAGGGAUUUAGGCGCGACUUGGAUUUCGCGCUCUUGACGGACCGGCUCCUGGUUCUCCUGCCGUGUUCAAGUCCUUUGAGACCCCGUCGGACAGUCAUUUGGUGGUCCUCCGGAGGGCGGGGGCUCAGCAAACUCCUGGGAUUUUCUUGGCUUCCUCCUUGCGAAGUUUGCUUUCUCCUUGCCGGCCCAUCCUCUCCCUGGCCAUACCUCUGGCUAACCGGGAAAGAGGGGAGGGGGGUGGCAGCUUGCCAAGGGUGCCAGCCCGUCCCUUGCCCACUUAGGAGCCGGGGGGCGGGCUGGGGGCGACGGCUGAGGGCGCGAUGGUCCAGGGUGCUUGGGGGGCGCCAGUACUUCGCGUCCUUGGGGCGCCGCGGGCUUGAGAGUCUCCAGGGGGCCCGGGACUUUGAGGCCAGCAAGGGGGAGAGAUGUCGAGCCGGGGCAGCCCAGCCGGCCCCUCCAGCCCUGGUCUUCAGCUGAUGGGUGGGCAGCCUGAGCCAAGGAGCUGGGUGGGUCCCCUAAUGCGUUUCGGUGCUGAGAAGGUGGAAGCGAAGCUGCCCCGGGGUCGGGGGAGCUUCUGGCGCUGGGAUCGGGCCGGCCCUGGCCCGGCUGCUCCCACCCCAAGGCGGCCGGGGGCGGUUCAGGGGGUCCGAUGCGACUCCUCCGGGCGCGAGCAGGAAGAGCUGUGCGCCCGGCUGCGCGAAGCUCAGUUUUAACUUGGUUGAAAGUUGGUGCCUUGCGCGCCCAGCGGAAGGGGAAAGGGGAGCCACACGCGGCUCUUCUGGGGAAGGGAGCCCUCCGCCCCCUCGACGGGGUUGCUGGGGCAGAAUGGACCUUCUCCGGCCACAGCAGGGAGGCCGCUUAGUGCCCGCGCAUGGGCAUCCCCGAGGGCACGAUGCCGCCCGAGAAGGGCGCCCCUCCUCGAGGAGACGAAGGCGAGCAAAGGUUGCGCCCCUCUCGCCUUCGCCCAGCGGCGGGGGGUGGGAGGUGGCGCUCCGGGGGCGCUUGGCUUUGGCGCCUGGCGUCGGGGAAGCCCCCUGUCGGGACACACGCCCCCUCCCCAUGCCGACUCCCCUCGAAGGGCGGGCAGGGGCGCUCUCGGACCCUGGACUUUCCGACACCCGAGGCCAGAAAUGGGGUCGGGUGUGGCUCCGUCCAGAGCAGCCUGGGCUGCAAGAUCAGGGGAGCCUCGCGGCAGGUUUCGAGCUCGCCUUUCGCCUGAAUAAAAGCGCAUCGGGUAGAGACGGGGGUGGCCGGGGCUGCCGACUGGCUGUCCCCCUCGAGGGCUCCCCGGACUUGCCUGGACGGCAGGCGCCCGCCUCUCCCCAGACCCCUUCCUCCGCCGACUCCCUUGUCUCCGUCUUGCAGAGUCCAGGUCGGAAGAGCCCUCUCCGGGGAGCCCCCGCCAGCCCGACGCCGACGAGCCAGCGCCGCCCCCGCCAGCCGCCCCCGCCGCCCAGCCCGCUGUCCGCACCAUUCGGCCAGCAAGUCACCGUCCAGGUAACGGCGCCCAGCCCGGCCGGGGCCUCCCCGGGAGCCCGCCUCCCGUUUCCAGCGCGGCUCCUCCUUUGCUUUCUUCGGGAAAGCGCCUCUCCCCGGAGCGGGGGCCGCGGGGCGAAGGGGGCUUUCCUGCCCAAGGAAUGGAUGUUGCUCAGGGCUUCUCGUCUGGGUGCAGUCUUGGUCUGGAGGUGAAAGAGGGCGUUUUCCAAAAGCAAGGAAAGAAAACUUGGAGAGAGGUCUCUGAGCCUCCUCUAAUAUAUACUGUAUAGAAAAAUUAGAUGCGCAGCACACAAUUUAAAGUCGAGAGUUUUCUUUGGAGUAGUUUUCAGUCAGAAAGAAGGUAGAACGCUCCUGGCUGCAUCUUUUAUUGGAAGUUAAGCCUCGCUUUUUUUGCAGUGGCGCUUACUCCCUUAGUAAGUGUUUAGGGUUGCAGCCUGAGUUCUCUUUCUUUGCAAAUCCCAGUAGUUAAAAUCUGCAAAACAUAUUUUACUAUAAACAUGAAUGUUAAAUCUUAAAUAACUGUUUAUAGAGCAACUUUCCUUAUAAUGGGGCAACAGUAAAACUGCCAGAAGAUUUGCAAAGCUAAGCAGAGCCUGGUAUGUUUUGUAGGAUUCCAACUACUUACAUUGUAAAUUUAUUUAUGGAUUUUAAUGGAAAAAUUGAAAUGAGAGCAAGAAGUUGUUUUACAAAUUAAGAAAGAGGAGCUGCUAUUUAAAUGGGGGAGGCCAUUAUGAUAAUUGUGGAUUUGUUUGGUUCCUUUACAUUUAUUUUGAAAUAAACAAGAAACCUAAAUCUCCUGUCAUGCAUAAUAAAUAUGCAACAUACAGUAUGUUCUUCCCUUUUACCAAAAGGUCUCUUUUAGUUCUCAAAAACUGAUACUAAAACUUGAUGAUUUAAUGUUUUAUUGCAUGUGUUUAAUCUUUUUCACAGUUUGUUUCAUUAAAGUAUCAAUGAAAAUAACAGAAAAUAAAAUGGUAUAUUUAUUAUAUUUUAUUCAGAUUCUUGUAUGGGCAUUUACAGUGCUAUCAUAGCAUUGUUGCUGGUGUUAAAGCUAGUUUGAUUUACCUUCACAAUAACAAGCUUCAAAUUAUAAAAAUAUCAAUAUGCAGAUCCAACAGCAAUAACCAUUUAUCUCUAGUAUAUGUUCUUCCUUUCUAUACCACUGACAAACAUUUUCAUUUUUCUCUCUUUCUGUAAUGUCUUGAUAUUUUGAUUUCUCCCCUGCCCCCUCCCAGCUUGGGUAUUAGGACCUAAUUGUUUGGAGCCUAUUAGUUCUUCUUUUGCUUCUUGAUUGAUAUAUUAAAAAUAACUGAAAUGUAAGCAGUCAAGGGGUUGGGGAGCUGAAUUGUGUCGUUAUAUCAUUGGAAAACUCUGAGUAACUCUGCUCACUUGAUCCAGCUGACUGAAAGCCAGUGUUAACUUUUGCACAUUAUGGGAUGUGCAAUUCCCACAUUCAUUCGAGGGGCUGCCACAAAUGUGAGGAACUCCUUAUGUGGAAAACCUUUCAGGCUGCAACGCUAUAUCCAGUUACUUUGGAGUAAGUCCCAUUGGACUUGUGUAUCUUUCAUUGCCUGAAACUGAACUGAGAGAUAGCACACUAGUCAUAUGCAUGUCUCUUUUUCGCACUCCCUGAACAGAAGUAUUUUCCAAGUAGAAAAAUUGUUUCAUUUUGUCGCAUUUCGAAGCAUCUCCAAGGCAGAAGGGAGAAAAUGUGUUUUAGUUGGACUUGCAAUAAAGUAACACAAGGAACAAGUACUGAUGAGAAAACUUGGGAGUUCAGCCAUUGCUAAUGGACCCUUUCCUCUUUGCCCUUGCAGAUAUGCCCUGCGUGCAGGCCCAGUACAGCCCUUCGCCCCCUGGAUCAAGUUAUGCAGCUCAGACCUUUACCUAUGGCUCGGAGUACAACCCCGAGAUCAUGAACCCGGACUACACCAAGCUGACCAUGGAGAUGAGCGGGGCUGAGAUCAGUGCCACUGCCACCACCUCUCUGCCCAGCUUCAGCACUUUUAUGGAGGGCUAUGCUGGGAAUUAUGAGCUCAAGCCCUCCUGCUUAUACCAAAUGCAGUCCUCUUCGCCUUCCUCUUCCGCAAGCCAGAGGCCCCUCGUCAAGAUGGAAGACAGUCGGAUGCAUGGCUACCACCCUUCCUUGCCUCCCUCUGCUGAUGAAGGCAUGGCUGUGAACACCUCCAUGUACUUCAAGCAGUCCCCGCCUUCCACGCCCACCACCCCCGGGUUCCCCCCACACCAGGCCCCCUGGGACGAGCCGCCGCCGCCCCCUCUUCCGCCAGCACAGACCUGCAUGGCCCCUGGCCACCUGAUGAGCGCUGCCCCCAUGAAAACGGGGCCUGGCCGCUUCCCACUCUUCCACUUCAAGCAUUCGCCGCCCCACACGCCACCUGCCGGCGCCCACAUGUGCUACGACGCCACUGCCUUGAGCCUGCCCAUGGGAUCGGAUAGACCCCCCACCGGCCAAGCCGCCAUGGAAAACCACCCAUACGGGCUCCCGUUGUCCAAGAGAGCAGCCGCCUUAGCCUUCUCGCCGCUGGGUCUCAAUGCAGCCGCUUCCAGUCUUCUGGGGGAGAGCAGCGGUAGCAGCAGUGGUCUUCCCUCCCCACCCAGCAGAAGCUCUUCGUCAGGGGAGGGCACUUGCGCCGUGUGCGGGGACAAUGCUGCCUGCCAGCACUAUGGCGUGCGGACAUGCGAGGGCUGCAAAGGCUUCUUCAAGGUAAGAACCGCAAUGUGAGCCCUCCGCUCUCCCCUCCCCUCCAGCCAGUAGCGGUGUAAUCCAAUACACACAGGGCCUGCUAUCCCAAUGCUCGUUGUGCAAAAAUUCACUUAUCUGAGCACAAGGAUUUAGUACCCAAACCUCAUUAUACAUAAUGCAGAUUCUGAUAUUCGAAGCGUCAGACGUGUGUGUGGUGCUGUAAACAGAUAAGCAGCCUUAAACAAGUCUCCUUUUUGUGUUUUUCUGGGUUGCGGCACCCAUUUCUCCAGAAACCCUGGUUGCAGGAGGGGGAGAGAUUUGACAACUAAGAAAACUCCCCCCCCCCUUCCUUGCAAGGAUUUAGAGGGGUUUCCCAGGUCUUUUCCUCAUUUUGGAGUCAAAAUUCUGUGGUCAGGAAUGCAUUCGAAGUCAUGACUCGUUAUGCAGAUAUUCGCCUAGCAAUUUCCUGAGAACACAUUGUGUUUAGAGAGCAGGACCUGUGUGUAUGUGUUUAGGUAAAAGUAAGUCCCAUUGUGUUAAGGAGGGUUUAAGGAUUGCUAUGUGUAUUUAGGAUUGCAGCCUUAUUUGUGAGGAGGCCCCAUUGAAAACAAUGGUAUUUCUAAGUGGAUGUGGAUUAAAAGCUGCACAUUUCAAUGGAACAAGUUUGGUUGCUUUCCAUGGGCCUUGGUUGCAACCAGUUUUCGCUGAAUAUUGUAUCUGCUCUGAAGCUUUUACAUUGUUCAUUUAUUUAUUUUUUUAAAAUUGCCCUACCUGAUUUUUCUGGGAAAAUGCAAGAUAGCUAACAAAUCAGUAAUGGAACAAUAUGAAAGUAAGAUUCAAAUAAUCCCCAAAUUAAAGUCAACCACAGAAUCAAAAUAUCAGAAAAUGAAAAGCGCAUUUGAUGAUUCCAAAACAGCCAUUGAAUAAGUACAAAACUAAGCCGGCAAAUAAUUUAAUUAUAAAGCCAGGGGCCUUUUCACCAACCACCUAAAGUGGAAUCUCCCCCAGCAGUGUGGACACAACAGCAGAGAAAGCUCACUGACACCAGUCUUUCCUCCCAGUGCGGAGAGAUCUGAAGCAAGGCCUCAGGUGGUAGUUGGAGCAUGACAGAGAAACAACACGUGGAAUUAGGCAGUCCUUACAGUCCUCAGGUCCCAAACUGCUCAGGGCUCUAAAGGUUAACACCAGUGCCCUGCUGAAAGUGACCUAUGGAGCAGACUGGCCAACCACAGAGAAUGCACCUAAUACCUUCACUGUGCAAUCCUAUUCUUGACUUGAAAUUAAGUCCCAGGUGAUUUCUAAGACAAUAUAUCUGAAAUAUAUAUUUCAGAUAUAUAUUGAAAAUACACUCUCUCACAUAAAUGCAUUAUACAAAUAUAUAUCUAUAUUUUUAUUAUAUACAUUUUAUAUAUUUUAUUAUACACCACCUUUGUUUCGUGUAUAAUAAAGUAUGUUGGCUGACUUGUUCUGCAAAUCAUGUUCAGCAUGUGAGGUGAACGGGUAAAGGAUUGCACCUCAGUGUAGGGAAACAGGCAAAUACAUCUAAGAGUUUUCUCUUCAAAUUCACUAAGCUAAGUGGCCUUAAGCUGAGAACACUCCACCUCUCUUAGGCUCAGUUUCAGGGUGAAAACACAGACCUGUAUUUUCUAAUAGGACGGAGAAGAGACGUGUUCUCGAAACGUUAAAUGAAUGUGAUAUAUAUGAAACAAAUUGUGUGUGCUAUACACAGUAGUUUCACAUAUCAUGUUUCCGUAAAUAUGUUGGUUGACUUGUUUUUCAGACUAUGUUGUGUAUUUGAGGAUGUACAAGGUUGCUUUAGCUCUUGAUACUGAAACGUCAGCCUGCCCUGUUUCCCCUUGAGGUCAAGGGACACAUGUUGCCAGAGAGUUCUCUUCUGCAUGUCCAUUGAGGGGAAGAGGCGGGUGCAGUGGCGUAGCGUGGGUUGUCAGCACCCGGGGCAAGGCAAGUAAUUUGCGCCCCCUAACCCGUGGAUUUGCGCCCCCUAACCCUAACCCCCAGAUGUUGCGCCCGGUGCGGCCGGCACCCCCCUGCACCCCCCACGCUACGCCACUGGGCGGGUGUAAUUUCCUGCUCAUUUCAGUAGGACAUGCCCAAAGAAAUUGGCCGUGCCUUGAGCUCCAAACUUCCUAGAGCCUGCAUAUCAACUGAAGGGAUCAAUUGCUUUCCUAUUGCCUUUGUUGGAAGCAUGUUUUAUAUUAUGGUCACUACUUAGCGAUAAUAUAUUUGCAGCAUAUUUAUCAGGCUUUUGCUGUUAAAGCCCUAAUUUUGGCCUGCAAUAAACCACAGAAAUCUUCCCUUAGACAGUUGAAACUUGGUCCCUUUAUAGCAAGAAUUUCCCACAAUGAGUAUUUAAUGUGCAAGUUAUAGUAUAGCAAAGUCACCUACCAGGUUUUAAAAAUAUGCUGUUAUAUAAAGACAAGCACAUAGCAAUCCUUUAUAUGUUUAUUCAGACGUCAGUGCUGUCGCAUCCAGUGGGGCUUCCUUCCAGGCAGGAUUGCAGCCCUCACCGUUUUCCAGCUCUUGGUUAAAGUAAUAAGUAAUAUUAUUAGAAGGAAAUAAAUACCCCUUUUGAAGUUUACUUUAGGUGUCUGAAUACAUUACAGUAUCUGUUUUCCUCACAUUUAACAAAACCCAAGUUUAAUCUUAAUACUUGAUGUUUGUGUGUUUUUUAUGACCCACCUUGCAUUUAUGGCUGAAAGUUGCAUUAAAAAAAAUAUCAUAUUGUAUUUUAAUGCUGCAACCCACCCUGGGAUCUUAGAGUGAAGGGCAGGCAAGAAAUAAAAGAAUGAAAAAAUAGUAAAAUAAUUCCAUGCAAACAUUAUUUAACCAUAGGCAGUUAACUCCUUAAAAAAACCCAUAUGUAUGAGAAAAGGACUUCAGCUUAAUGCUUCCAUUCAAAUAAAUUUGACUGAAAAGUACCUAACUUUGGUUGAAUCAUGCCCCCUAUUUUUAAAAUUUUGUUGCGAGCCCAUGGUAAUACUUGUAUAAUUUAACUUACAGAUUUAUAUAUUGUACAUUUGCUUCUCUUUGUGUUUUAUAUAUUCUUUGUUUAUGGCAAUGAUGAAUUAAACCAGUUAUUUUGAUAUCUAAUAAUUGAAGUAGUGAGAUAAAUCUAAACCAGUUAUCUUGAUAGCAAGAGAGAUCAAUCUGCAGGUAAUUUUGAUUCUAUUUUAAUAAGGUCAGUAAUAAUCAAGGGAAUGAACCAAGUAAAAAUUGUUCUCAGAGGGAUAUUAAAAGCCCAGAUAAUACAUUCCCCAAAGGUAUGAUGCGAUGACCUGGUAAUUUCAGAUAUGAUUUUAUCAUUUAGGAGUUGACUGUCUCCUGAGCCCGGCUUCUGAGCCACCGUCGAUUUUCAUUGUCAGUAGCUAACACUAAUAAAAUUGUUUUUCCUGGAGGCUAGUGUGUUAGGAAAUUAAUUUUAUUUAAUUAUGUGAAUUGCACUGUCACUUUUCACACUGUAAUUAAAAUGCAACUUGUCAGGUCCCAGCUCACUCUUUCUUGCAUUGUAUCUUCCUAGAGGACAGUUCAGAAAAAUGCAAAAUAUGUUUGCCUGGCUAAUAAAAAUUGCCCAGUGGAUAAGCGCCGUCGAAACAGAUGUCAAUACUGCCGAUUUCAGAAGUGUCUCAGUGUCGGCAUGGUAAAAGAAGGUAAGAGUUUGCUAUUAUUAGCCUGCACAUCAUACUACAAAACGGCUUGAGUGCAAAAGGAGGGACCCUAAAGGAAUUGUAAUUUUUAGAAAUAAUAGUGAAUGUCUUUGUUUUUACACGUUGCAUAACAGUGACUUUACAACAGAUGUUUGGGGGCUCUUAUUCCAAAUAACAUGGAUUGUUCGGAGGUUCUUUAGAUAUGGGAGCAGGAAAGUAGAACUUUUAAAAGGAAGGUUUUCCACACCAAUUAUUUAGUCUGCUCUCCUUGCUGUUUUACAUAGUUCUUGAUUCAUUGAGUCUUGUCUCCCUCUAUUUGAAUAGCCCAGUCCUAUACAUAGCCUAGUUAGAAAAAAGCCCUGCUAUGCUGAAUGGGGCUUACUGCAUUGCACUCUCACCAAAUUCAUAUAAAUACUGCCACUUUCCUUUUCUCAAAAUUACUAGGUACUUUAUAGACAUGAAACAAGCAGAUAAUAUCCUUUUUGCUAUCAUAAUUGAUAAUAGUGUUUCAGGGUUGCAAGCCUUUUUAUCCAUUAAAUAUAGAGAUUUAUUAGUAGAAGUUUUAAUAGAUUAAUGUUGGGGCUAAUUUGAAAUGGUGAGGUCACAUUUUAAUCAAUGUGAUUUGGGUUUUGUUUUUUUAAAAUGCUAUGUUUAGUUUUGGUGUUUUCCUGUAAAAGGACAUUUCCAAGAAAAUAUGUUUUUUGUUUUGUUGAUUAGAAAAUAAACUACAUCCCCCACACGAAGGAAUUGCUGAGAGCACCUUAUGACUUAAAUGCAACAACAAAAUACAAAUGAGCAAAACUAAAAAACGGCAGCAGAAGCACAAAGGGUGCUUAAGUCAUACUCCAAGAAGACCCAGUGAAAUCAGUAGACUGACUUAUAAGUUAGUCAUGGCUAACUUUAAGGCCACGGACACAGUUGCUGGCAGGCAAUAUAUCCACAGAAUCAAAAGCUUUUUUAAAAAAAGUUACCAGUUGUCAGCAGAACCACAAAUAAAGAGGCAGAAUAACCGAACCCCUUGGGGCAGAGAGUUCCACAGAUGGGGCACCACCACAGAAAAAGCCCUUUCAUGUGUUCCCACCAAAGGCAAUGGCAAUUUAAUAUUUGGCUUUCCUCUAUUUAUGUGUGGAAGCUAUUUUUAACUCCCAUCGGUAUCUAAAAUAAUUACACUGAGGGUUGAAUAUUAUGUGUAUUAUCAGUUGAAAAGCAAAUAAUUUGUCAGAGCCACUGGCUCGAGUGUCAGACUAGGACCUAGUAGUUCCCUGUCCAACCAUUAAGAUCCCCGAUCUUGGCCAGUCACAAUCUCUCGCCAUAGCCUACCUUUCAGGGCUGCUGUGAGGAAAAAAUGGCAGAGAAUCAUGUACACCAUGUCAGGCUCCUUGGGGGAAAGGAGUAAAAUAAAGAAGCUUAAUAUGCAGGACUUUGUCUUCUCAGAAGUAAGCCCAAUUGGGUUCAGUGGCAUUUACUCAGGAAGUAUGUGGCUGCAGCCCUGUGCACACUUAACUGGGAGUAAGUCUCAUUGAAAUCAAUGGGACUAACUUCUAAGUAGACGUAUCAAAAAUAGCUCUGUAAAACUGUUUAAUUGUUGACAGUCUUGUUUUAUCUAAAAUCAUUAAUACAGACUGAGCUGAAGACUUCAAGAGAAGAGAAUUGCCAUGUAGAUCAUGUUUUCAGUCAGUUACAAGAUGUAUUUGUCAAUAUUAUAUUUCAUUUUAUCUUUAGUGCUAAUUACAAAUGUAAAGGUAUUUGUUUUUAGCAGUGCUGUGGUUUAUGCAUGACAAUCAAGCAUGUACAAAUUUAAAUCAUGCAAGACUCAUAAAUUGCCUGUAAUCUCCGUCCCCUAUAAAUGUUACAGAAUAGACAGGAUAGUGCUCUAGUGAAUACUGACUAUUGGUACAAUAAGUGCUGUUGUUGUUUUACAUAAUAUCCGUUUGUGUAACUGCUGUGAACUGAAAACUGCAUGUUUAAGGAAGGGAGAUCGAUAGACAGCUUUCUUGUCUGUUUUGAUUUCCCUCGUAUUAAUUAGGCAAAAAGCUGACCGUGUAAUGUUCACGUGUAUCUUGUUGGAAUUUGCCUCUGAAGACUGAUGGUGUGUGUUUUUUGUUUUCUCUCCUCCUUGAUCAGUUGUCCGUACUGACAGUUUGAAAGGGAGAAGAGGCCGACUGCCUUCCAAACCAAAGAGCCCUUUGCAGCCAGAGCUUCCUCAGCCCUCGCCACCUUCUCCUCCAGUCAGUAUGAUGAAUGCUCUUGUGCAAGCGUUAUCCGAUUCCGCACCCAGAGAGCUUGAUUAUUCCAGAGUAGGUUUUGUGCUUUUCUAUAUAGAAUUAGCUUUUUUGAUGACCAAUGGCUUUUAGCAAAUAUAUUUGGCCUGCUGAUACAUAGGAUUCUUUAUCAACCGUUGUGUUUUAAUGUAUGAAAUACCGGUAAAUACCGGAUGCAGGUAGAACAAGUGGGUGGUUUCUGGCCGCAGUAAUGGGUGCUUUGUGACUGUAUAGCAUUUUGCCAGAAGUUGUCUGCUGCAGAAUGGUUUCAUUUUAUUCCUGAAAUUGGUCAGGGCUUCAUGCAUGUUUCUGUAAUACAGAGAGUAGAAAGUAACAAAAGGAACCCCAUUUAAUUUAAAUGAUUUGUGAAUCAUAAGUGUGUUUCAGUCCAGUCAUUUGCAUCUUUACUUGGAAGUAAGUCCCCUUAAAUCCAAUUAGUAACUGUGGUUAGAACCAAGGAGUAAGAAAGACUGGAAUUUUCCUGUGGUUUCUCAUGUACACCAGCCAGCACUUUUGGACCCAAUCUUCCACCAUUUCAAAAUUUCCAUAUACAGUAAGCCUACAGCUUAGGUACAUUUAACUUGUGCGCAUUCAGCUUUAUGCACUUGGCCAAAUUUUUUAAAAAUUAAUUAAUAAGAAUAAAAAUAAAAAAAUUAGAAAGGGGGCAAGUGGGCACCCAGGUGAAAAGACUUUGGCAAUCGCACCCACAUCCAAUGUGUUUUGACUAUAUGUGAUUUUGGCUUUAGGCACCACGCCCAGAAUUUAACCCCUGUGUAAGUUGUGGGCUUCCUGUAUCUUAAGUGAAAGCGAGACUCUGACCUCAGGAAUAUGCUUUCUUUCUGAAGUGAAAAGCCAUCACCUCGAAAUGAAAAGAUAGCCCACCGCUUGACAAAUCCCUAGUCAUAAAUCUUAUCAUAAUUUUAUGCUUUCAUUUGGCAUGUUUCAUUUGGGAUGGUUUGCAAUCUGGAGCAUUAAAGUUGGUUAUGUACACAAAUAAUAGUUAAAGCUGCCUUGGGGGUGGAGAUCGUGACCCAGAACCUAAACAUGUUUCCCAAUUAACUUAAUCAGUGGGGCCUACUUCCAAGUAAUUUUGGGGGAUUGGAGAAUAAUUUUUUUUGUAUUUUACUCACGAUGGUUAGUAUCCGCUGCUUUUGUGUAGUUCUAAUGCAUGAGAUUUUUUUGGUGGAGCAUGUAUUUACACAGAAGUAGUUUGAGAGUGAGCACUUAAGAUUUCAGCUGGAUUUCAUGAGUCCUAUUGCAGAAUGCAACUCUUGUUGAGAAGCGUGUGUAAACAUGUUGAUUAUGUUUUAAUUGGCAAUAUUUUGUUCCCAAAUCAUAUUGCUGACCAGCAUUUUAGAUUUACCUGGGUACAUAAACUUUGAGCAGUCAGCACAGCUUAGCAAAAUUUUGUUAAAUAAAAUUCAUUUAAUAUUAACUAUUGAUUAGUCUUAACUUUUGGCUAAAUAUGUUUGCCCAGUUUUUCCACAUGCCUUACAUAGGGCUGGUUCAUCUUUAUUAAAUACUUUGCAGAAUCAAUGUGGACACACAACAGUAGUUUCAUGACCAGCCAGUAUUUUGAGCCAGAGUCAUCCUAGAUAACUUGAAUUGAUGAUCCUUAGAUGCUAUACAGUUAUGCCUGAAUUUAUUUUGACUUGCUGCUAAUGUUUUAGGGCUGGUAUUAGCUUACCCAACCCAUAGCAACAGUAUAUUUAGAAACUGGCUUUCAAAAAGCAGUCACUAGGAGGAAACCCUUUCAAGGCCUCAUUCGGGUCUCCCACCUGUUUUUACACUGUUCCAACUCCAUUUCAGACAUGAGCUGCGUCAAGGCGAUAAGAAUCUAUCCCUAAACCAUUUUUUUAUUCAGACAAAACUCUUGUUGAGUUCAGUGAGAAUUAUGCCCCAUGCAGUGACUCUGGGAGAUCAUAAAUUAACAAGGAGUGUUUGCCUGGCGCUAAACCCAGGGUUUCAAACCUUGUGUUACCUUCAUAACACUAGAGUUAAAAUGACAGCAUUUGCAGGGGACCAGCGGCAGGAGGGAAAGACUGAGCUCCUUCUCAGCCUGCUCAUUCUAUCCUGCAAAUGCCCCCUGGGCAAUAUAUACCCCCACAGUCAGGCUUGAAAACCAAAAGUGAGUCCCAGCUGGAGGUUUGUUUAGUUAGGUAUUUUUAUACUGCCCUUUACCGCAACAGUCACAGGACAGUGUGCAGCAAACUGCAUUGCACUGAACUGGAACUGGAGGGAAGGCUUGUGACUAAGGACCACAAAAUAUGAUUAACAUAACUCAGCCUUUUGGGAGUGAAUUCCUUCCUUCCUUUUAAAACAACAAACUUAAAAUAUACUUUUGGAUUAUUAAGGAUAUCAAAUCAAGCAAACAUAGACAGCUUAAAGUUUCAUUAGUAAUGUGGCAGAUGAGACAGGCACAACCCUCCCAAUUUAGUAGGAACUAAAUUCAGAAGUUUUACAUUUACCCUUCUGAUGUUUACAUUGGUGACAUACUUAACAGACAAUAUGCUACCUUGGGCCACAUUUGUGGUUUUUUUUAUUUUCAUCAGUUUCUCUCUCUCUCUGAUACAGUUGGCAACCUUUUAACUCCCCUUCCUUUUAUAUACGAUUAAUAAAAUUUCUGCAACACAUUUCUACACCAGAUAUACUCUCAAUCAAUACACAAUCUCCACUAAAGUUUCCGAGCAGCACCUGCCGUUUACUGGAGUGGUUGGUGCAUUCAGCCUAAGGGCUUACACCAUGGUAGACAGCAGGAGCUGGAUGGGCCUCUGAACCCCCAGAAUCUUUGGGGAUCUGCACUGUUAAGCCUCUUGGCUGGUAAUACUCUUUAGGGAGACUAAAAACAAAAAACAACAACUUUGCUGUGUUUCCACAUUAAAUUGCCUUUAGUUCACAAGAAUUCAGUUGUGCUUCUUUCUUUCUCGUGGCACUAUUUUUAUUGGUUAGGGAGGACAAAAGAUAUUAGCAGGGCUGCCAGGUUGCAACUUGCAAACCAGAGAUCACGCCUUUUACCAUUAAUGCAUUUGAGUUCUUGCCACCCACUCCCUUGCUUCCCAGAUCUCAUUAGUCACCCUCUUCCCCCCACCCCCCAUCUGCUGUAGGGGGCAGGGACUGAGGUUCUGCAAAUUGCAGCAGAAAGGCGAAGAGGAGCUAUGGGACCUGGGAAGGAUGCGGCAAGAGAGUAAUCUCUGCCACUGCGCAUAUGCAUUUAGGUUUCAAGUUCAACCUGCAAAGAAGCUGUGCUGAUAACAAGUAUCACUUUUAUCUGCUUAGAAAAUAAAUAUUUUUAGGCAAGCAAUUUAUUAUGGUCACAGGCCAGUGAAAUUCAGUAGAAAGAGGCACAACAUCUAGUAACAAAUACAGCCAGCAAGUUUUUUUAAAAUAAAAAAAAAGGCAUCAUGGUUGGGGGAGAACCUGGCAACCCUCUUGGAGACACAAGAGGAUACAUACAUUUCAGUACGUUUCUUUUGUAGCACCCCCCCUCCCCAGCCACUUAAUUUUUUUACACUCUCUAAUUACAAUACAUAUCCAGCUGUCAUCCUGGCAUACAAACUUACAGGUCGUUUAUAUAUUCCCUGCUUAACCGUGGAGUCCUAAAAUGGAGGGGGAAUGCAAACAUGAAGGCCACUUAACCAACUUGUCCAGCAGCAGAACUCCAGCUCCCAUCAGCACCAGCCAUGGUGGUCAUUGGUCAGGGAUUGUGGGAGUUGCAGUCCAGUGAUUUCUGGAGGGCUUCAGGCUCCCCAUCUCUGAUUAAGUAUUCAAGCCCCUGAUUGUAGAUCUAUCAAAUGGGAAUGCUAACAUGUUUGUCAAGAAAUAUUAUUUGUGAAAAGCUAGCGAAAAGUUGUUUUUUAAUCUUUCAGACAAAAAUAUAUUGUCAAGGGGAAAUCUGAAGUGGGCCUUUGUCCCUCAAUAUGGCAGUAAUAAGUUGUGCAGCCCUGCUCUUCAAAAAUGUUUCAGGUCAUUCCAGUUUUCUUUUAACUUCUCUUGACAUUCGUACAAAGGUUUCAUCUGAGUGGAAUCCUCCAGAUUUCCCCCUGAAUUUCACUUUAGAUUAACUUCUCUGGCAACUCUGUUGGUACGCAGUAUAGCUUGGCCUCACAGUUGUAUAUCCUGUAGCUGUAGUAGAACAUGCUUUUAAAAGGCAGAGAUGAAGAAUUAGGAGAUAGUGGAAGGUGAUGGGAACUGAUCUGCAAGUAAUUGAAGGAAAUGGGCUGUGGGGAAUGGUGACAUCAUUCUUCUAAGUCGGGGUGGCCUUUCUGCGGCUUUCCUUGACGUUCCUGGACUCCUAGCUCCCCUUGGCACUGGCUGCUGCAGUUGGGAUCAGGAAAACUUUCCCACAACCCACAAAGUAAUUGAUCCUACAAAUUUAGAGAAGAGAACUUGAGAUGGGGUUUUAGGCAAAGCAAAACCCAGGUAACGCACAAUGUGCAUGCAUUUCCACCUCAACAUUUUAGCCUUAGUACGCACUUGCUCAAACAUCACUUUCACAUUGUUAUAAAAGAGCACGUCUGAUGGCCCUUCUGAGCGAUGCGAAUGCCAGACUGCCCAUGAGGCAAGGUGAGGCGACUGCCUCAGAUGGCAGGAUCCACAGGGGCGGCAGAUCUGGUCUCCAAAGAUCAGAUCACCCACUACAGCGCCACAGCAGCUGCAGCGUGCUCCUUGGAGGCCAAACCACCCCCCACCCCCCGUUCUUGAUGAAGAUCUUCACUCCCCUUUUCUUCCCGGGUGAGGAGAGUGCCAUUCUGUGGUUUAUCUCAGGUGCCAAAAUGUCUUGGGGCCAGCCCUGUCAAGUGUUUGAUGGAAAAAAUCAUGUUCUAGAUUAGUUUUUUGGAGUACUAUACUACCAGUCAUUCUGUGGGGUAGAUUAGUUUGAGCCAAUAGCCCAGAGUCACCCAGUACACUUUAUGGGCGAGCAGGGGUGUUAAACCCAGAUCUCCCUUGACUUUCCAAAUCUCUACUUUUAAGAACUGGAGUUUGCUUUCCCCUUCUCCCUCCCACUCCCUUUUCCUUACACGUUGUAUCUUCUGAGAUUGUGAGCAGGAGGGCAGGAACUGCCGCGACUGCUCCAGGAGCCUUUUCGGCUAAAGGGCGAGGUACAAAUAUAUAAGUAAAUAAUACAUAAAGUCCACGCCAGCUCUUAUAACCAUUUUAGUUUCAGAGAGACUGUAAUGGCAGCAAAGCGGGCUGAUUAAAGGAUGCUUUUGAUUGAUACAACUCUCAUGUAAGAGUCAGGAAGCCCAGAGGCAUGGUUUAGGAGUUGAGGUGCUUAUGAAUUGUCAUAUUUACUGUGUCUGUGUAGAAUAAGCAUUCAGAGCUACACAUAUAAAAACAAAGCACACCUGACAAUUUGUAUAAAAUCUGCUUUUGCUUGGCAGAAAAGAGGUUAAGAAGAAUACUGUGAUAUUUCUCAAAAACGUAUUUCCCCUUUUCUCUUUUCAAAAAUAAUUUUCAUUCUAGUACUGUUCCACUGAGCAGACUUCUACAGGUACAGAUGCAGAACAUGUGCAACAAUUCUAUAAUCUUCUCACUGCCUCCAUUGACAUAUCCAGGGUCUGGGCAGAAAAAAUCCCAGGAUUUACAGACCUCCCAAAGGAAGAUCAAACUCUACUCAUAGAAUCAGCGUUUUUGGAGCUCUUUGUAUUGAGAAUGUCCAUCAGGUAAAUCUGAGGUUCAUUUUGUCAAGAAGUCAUGACUUAUUAAUAUUUUAAAAUAUAACUGACGUCAUUAACUCUGUUGUUUCUAAAACUAUAAUAGCUGUGCAAGUUGAGCUCUGUCUUUGGGAUAGGCAGGAUCUCUCGGCUGACAUGUGUCAGUCAGACUUGUUUACUUGGUCAAGGGCUUAAUUCGCGUGCCAAGUAAAUUAUGAGUCAAGAAAAGAUUCCCCAGGAUAAUUGGAAUUCUUGAUCCCUUCUCUGCGUGUGGGUUUUUUUUUUCUUGGCAUGACUUUGUAAAAGUUGCUUUGAUUGUGCAGAGGUGGGUAAAGGAAAGUUCAGUGCAAACAUGAUAGAUGUGUCCCAUAGACAUUUACUGCAAGCAUGACUGAAGGACUCCCAUUAAAACACAAACAAACCCUUCUCCCUACAUACGCGCAGGAGAAGGGUUCUUGCAUGUUUUUUCAGGGAUUUGCAACUCAGCUGAAAUGAGAUUACUAUGUGAUCGGCUGUUUUUGUAGACCUGCCCCAAAGAUUUAGUCUUGCCAAUCCAUUUUAUUCAGACUUCUUUCCAAGUAAACAUGUACUAGUUUGCAAAUGAUGUGCUGUUAACAAUGGCACAUACCACUCUAACAACGUUCAUAAUGUGUGUCUUUUUACAUUCAAGAUCUGACACUGCUGAAGAUAAAUUUGUUUUCUGCAAUGGACUUGUGCUUCAUAGACUUCAGUGCCUUCGUGGAUUUGGGGAGUGGCUCGACUCAAUUAAAGACUUUUCCUUAAAUUUACAGAGCCUCAACCUUGACAUCCCAGCCUUAGCAUGCUUAUCAGCUCUAAGUAUGAUGACAGGUAAGAGCACUUUCAAUUUUAAAAAAUCUCUUGAGUUAAAAAAAAACUCUGCAAAUAUUUUUUAGAGAUAAUAAGGUGUUUCAGUAAGUGCCCAUCCACUUUUACAAUAUUCUAAAAAGUUAUGUCAUUCUUAAAAAGGUAAAGGGACCCCUGACCUUUAGGUCCAGUCAUGGCAGACUCUGGGGUUGCGGCGCUCAUCUCGCUUUAUUGGCUGAGGGAGCCAGCGUACAGCUUCCGGGUCAUGUGGCCAGCAGGACUAAGCCGCUUCUGGCGAACCAGAGCAGCACACGGAAACACCGUUUACCUUCCCGCCAGAGCGGUACCUAUUUAUCUACUUGCACUUUGACAUGCUUUCAAACUGCUAGGUGGGCAGGAGCAGGGACCGAGCAACAGGAGCUCACCCCGUCGCGGGGAUUCGAACCGCCGACCUUCUGAUCGGCAAGCCCUAGGCUCUGUGGUUUAACCCACAGCGCCACCCGCAUCCCAUGUCAAUCUUAAAUGCUUGCAAAGGCUAGACUGACAAGAGUUGCAAUAGUGAAUUAUUCCUGUUCAUAAAGCCCUUACUGCUAUGUUUUCCUUGAGAUCAUUUUCUCUGUGAUAUUUCACUUGCCAACAAAUUGCAUUACACGUUCUCAGUCCUGUAAGUUUCUGGCAUUAUUUAUUCGUUAACUGAUACUUUUUUGUGUUCAGUCAGAGGCUGCAGUAAAUAUUUCAUUGGAGAAAGGGAUUUCUUGCUAAGAAUGUGACUUGUGUUCAGUCCUGAUCAAAGUUAGUCUGCCUAAAUUCCUGUGAAAUCAAUGAUAUGUUGGAAUAAGUCCUGGAUUUCAGCUCUACUGAUCUUGGGCCAAAUCAUGCCACUUUCAUUUGGAAUUGUGUAGCAGGCAAGAAAUGCGUAACACAGCAACACUCCCUGCAGAAGUGUUUUAUUGCCCAGCAGGCACCGGUAGGCCAUUUCCCAUGGCGCAUGGCUUGUGGUGAGCCACUCCUCUCUUGGGGGUAGUGCGUUCAAGACAAGCACUCCUAACCCAAAUCAGAUCAUGAGCCCACUACCAGGUCCACCUUGUUUGGAUAAAGCUUCAGCCUCUUGUAUCCCUUGCAACAGAUGAAGCAGAGACCCUUGCUUUCCACUGUCUCCCUAGGGAUGCAUGGAAGCAAUCCUAGCAUCAGAAUCUUGAUGCCUCCUCUGCCCAAAUCUCUAAGUGAGAUUUUGUCUGCGGCUUCCUAUAGAACAAGGGUCCUGCUUCUAGGUCUUACUCUCCAGGAACAAGCAAAGCCCCUAGGUUCCCAAAACCAUUUGCAGAAGAAUAAACCACAGAGCCUAGGGCUUGCCGAUCAGAAGGUUGGCAGUUUGAAUCCCCGUAACGGGAUGAGCUCCCGUUGCUCGGUCCCUGCUCCUGCCAGCCUAGCAGUUCGAAAGCACGUCAAAGUGCAAGUAGAUAAAUAGGUACCGCUCCGGCGGGAAGGUAAACGGCGUUUCCGUGCGCUGCUCUGGUUUGCCAGAAGCGGCUUAGUCAUGCUGGCCACAUGACCCGGAAGCUGUACGCCGGCUCCCUUGGCCAAUAAAGCGAGAUGACCGCUGCAACCCCAGAGUCAUCUGUGACUGGACCUAACAGUCAGGGGUCCCUUUACCUUUACUGUGGUAUGAAAAGCUGCUGAGGGGUCCAGGAGAACCAACAGGAUGGAAGUUUUCCCCUGGAAUGACUCCCAGGGCAAGGGAGGCUGUCCUUUUCUGGCCCGAGGGCUAGGCCACAUGGGCUGCUGGCCACCCUUCCAUGCCAGCAGUGGGGGUGGCCAUUGCAGAUGCGCCCAUGCGCUUUACAUGCAGCCCACACACUUCAUGAGACAUGCAGCCUCUCAGAACUCUCUCUCUCAGACAACCACUUCUUGGCAGGUCACCUCCAGCCUCAUGGGCCACUGGCUUACUGUCCCUGUAAAAGAAAACGUGGUAAAGCGUGUUCUCCAUAAUAGAGAGCACGUGUUGCGGUGGGGGCCUAAAGGCCACCCCACUGUUGUUGGGCAUAUUGGCCACAUGCUGUGAUUGGGCAAGGAGUGUUGCUGGGGAGAAUGUUAUGUUGCUAAAGUGUGGGAGGGGUCAGAGGUCUUAAAUACAGGGCUCGCAACCUGGGGCCUUCUCUUGGGCUGCGUGCACCGGAUCACCCGCCCACCCUCCCUGAAAAGGGGGGAGGGUUCAUUGUCCUCUGACCUUGCUAUGCCUGUCGUGGGAUCGUCUGCUUUUGGGGCAGGGGCCUGGUAGGAAUUUUGUCCAUUUGGCUGAUUGGCUGUUGCCAUUUGGUUUUUGCCUACUGCAUAGCAAAUCGUCACAACUUGUAAGGUUGGCGGUUAGGCAUUGGUUCAAAUUGGUUGGUGGAGGGGUAAGUGCCUACCCCUCCAUUGGUGGUGCGGAAAAGGAAUUCUGUUAAAGGAAUCCAGGGGCUUGCCAUCCUUUUCGUCCUAGUCCGUGGAAUCGGACUUGGGCCGUGCAAGCCCCAGGGAGCAUGAGGGUAAGAGAUGAGGGACUGAUGUCCAGCUUCAUUUCUCCCCAAUAUGGUUCUCCCUGACUGGCUUCCGCUGGAAUCCGGAAGUCCGUCCUGUCUCCCUGACUGGCUUCCGCUGGAAUCUGGAAGUCAGUUCUGUCCCUGGGGCAAGGACAGAUAGUCGUAACCAGUGCCUAAGCAACCACUCACGUGUGUGUAUUUAAAUAAAGUUGUGGCCAAAUUCAUGCCAAAAACCUUAAACAAAAAUUGAUGUGUGAAGUGUAAGUUAUUGGGGUGGCCUGGGGGACCUCAACGUGCCACUUUCUCUUCCAAGGCAAUAUGGUACAGAGUACCAAUUAGCAGGAGAGAGAAAGCAACAGUCAAGGAGGGCUACCUCUCCAGUUGAUGGGCUUCCUGGAAGCUUCUCUGGAAAACCUUAUAAAGGCUUAGAAGGACCUUCUUAUGUUUUCCAUAUCUGUUACCACCUACCGUUUGUCACAAGUUUGGUGGAAGGUGGAGUAUAGUGAAAGCUUUUCUUAAGAUUCAGGAUUUUCUAAUAUAGCACUUUACACAACACAAUAAAAUCAUUUUUCCCCAGCCCUGAAAUAUCUGGCUUGGAGAUUGCUUUCUCUCCAGCCCUUUUUACAGGUAAAUAAGCUGCAAAAAGUAGAAGAUAAUCAAAAUAGCAAAGCUUGGUUGAGGUGCUUUUCAUUUCUUAGAAGAGUGUCUGAAUUCCUGAUGGAAUUCCAGGCCUAGCACUGAUGGAGCUCACAGUGGAUAUUGAUCUCCACUUGAAUUCACUGAAUAAAUAAUGGUUGCCAUAGUUAUAGAGUAUUCACAACUGGUAGGGAAGCUGGGAGAUCUCCAAAACACCUUCUGUGACAGUUCUGCCAUCAAAUCCUCCAAUGAAACUAUGGCACUAAAAUUAUGUAUACAUCAUCUAGAUCCCUUUCUCUUCACCUGUGGCCGCAUAAACAUUUUGGUCUCUUAACUGGAGAAGGCAUUUUUUAAAGACAUUAGUGGUGUUUUAAAACCAAACUAGUUCAUGCCUCUAACUGCCACACCUCACCCUGACAUUCACAUCUCAGUACUGUAGUUACUAUGUAAUGUGGUUAGUAAUGAGCAGCCUUUUAGUAUAAAUAAGAGGAGCUGACACAUUGAUCAUAAAACAUGGGUGCUCACUUGCGUUCUCUCCUGUUGCUUUGCAGAACGACAUGGCUUAAAAGAACCAAAGAAAGUGCAUGAGCUAUGCAACAAGAUCAUGAGCAGCUUUAAAGAUCACUUGGCCUUCAGCUGCCAAAGCAAAGGACAACUUUUUGAGCCUGUGGAGUCCAAAGUGCUUGGGGUCCUUGCUGACUUGCGCUCCCUCUGCACCCUCGGACUGCAGCGGAUCUUUUACCUGAAAUUGGAAGAUUUGGUGCCGCCUCCUUCCAUUAUUGACAAACUGUUUCUGGAUACCUUACCAUUCUGAGGUUCAAAUUACCCUCGUGAAGGGCAACUGUCUACCAGAGCAGGCAAAAAAAAAGACUGAAAACUUAAUGCUAACAGUGCUGCUCUCAUUUAACCGGCGGAAAAAGCAAUUCCAGCCCUGAGCGUUGGACUUCGCCUAAUGAAUUUCCUUGCAAGCUGCCUAAAAUGUAUCUACAGGUCUGGAGCUAGGAAACUGGAGAGAGGGAGCGUUGAGUGCAGUUUUUGUUUUUAAUCACUAAUAUGGCACUUUUGAACGAUGCUACCCCAGCAGGAAAAAAUCUAUUGCAUAGCACCUCAUCUUAAGUGGUGAGCAGAAAAUUGUAGAUGCUGUGUGUUUGAAAAUAGUAGUGUUUGAAAACAGUAACAAUGGCAAAUUGUUCAUGCAGGUAGUAUGUCUUUUAUAGUUUAUACCUUUAGCAUACUUCCUGUACAAAGGGCACAUUAACCUGGCACAAAUGAAAAAUUCUCUCUCUUUUUUUCUAAUGUUGAUUCAUGUUUCGUAUCAAUCUGAUAUAGCAAAAUGACAACGGCUGUUAACUCCCAUGGUCAAGUGCAAUUUUUAAAGUCUUGUUUGUUAAUUAUAAUUUAUUUUAAUAUAAAAAGUAAAUGGAAAUAGCAAGAGUGGGGGGGCAUAGUUUUUACAUGCACUAACUUCCAUGAUAAAGUUUCCGAAACUUUAGAUCCAUGUAACAUGACUUACUAACAUGCCAAAUUGGGGGGAGGGGUGGAGUGGAGAGGAAAGGCGGGAAGGAGCAAUUUGUGAUGAGGCCACAUUCUUACGAAGUAAGUCACGAUGCAUAGCACCGAAAGGGUCAGCCCCAUGCAUAGUUACAGUUUAGAACUGAAUUUAGCAAAUUGAUUAGUAAGGAUACAAGACCUUUUGGAAGAAGAACAAGUCUUGUAAAAAAUAGUCUGAAUGUAAAUGCUAGAAAGGUUUUAGUGGGCUGCAUUUUAAACAUUCCGUGUAUGUACUCCCUAUUUUGUAUGUUUAUACUGUUGAUGCUAUAUUAAUAUGAAACUAUUUGUUGCAUAGUGUCUUUAUUUGUAUAAAUAUUUGCAUGCAUAAUAUAUUGUAAAACUUCGCCUGUAUUUAUUGCAAUGACUGCCCGCUCCUGGGAGCCGCGUUACACAGAUCAACGAAAUAGUGCGUUCACACUGAUUCAGUUGAGUGUGGGUAGUUCACACACACAUAUAUGUGCGCAUUUCUAUUAACCAGCUGUAUAUAAAAUUCAUCCUUCCACAAGUAAACUUUAUCUUACUGUUUUAUUUGCAGUGACUUUUAAGGCAGUACAAUUUAGCACUUUGAUAUUAAAAAUUUUGCUCAUGUUUGGUAACAUAAAUAAUAUUUAAAUAUUUUAGUUCUUUACAAAAAAAGAUUAUAUGCACUGUAUUAAGUUAAGAUUGGUAAUUUUGCUAAAAAGAAGAAGAAAAGAAAACAUUUUGAAUGUCAGUUUCAUGCCCCAGUACCUUUUUUUAGUUAACAGUCUACAGUAAUUUUGUAUUUUUAAAAAAACCUGUAUAGAAAUUAAAUUAUACAAUCAAACAGAUGCCAAAUUAACUGCCUAAUAGAUGCAUUGGACAACCUAGAUAUCAAGUUAUUAUCUCACUUUUAAAAAGGCUGGUAUUUUAUCUUUAUAUUUGGGUGUGCUUUUGGGGGGAAACAUAUUAUUAUUCUCAAGAUUGGUAAUGGUAUCAACAGGGAAAGUUAUAUUAUAAGUUAUAUUUUCAGUUUUCCUUCAGAUAUUUUAAAAAUUACUGCUUUUUUAGUAUUGACUUCAUGAGCAAACAGAAUAGCAUGAUUAAAUAUCCUAGGAAACAGCUUUUUAUUGCAGGUAAAUUUUACUUGUUGAACUGUAAAGCAAUCGUAUUUUGAUUUUGAAUUCAUGCACCCAAUCAGAAGAGAAUUUAAAAGGCAUGCUAAUGUGUUUGCCACAUGUGCAAAAUAUAUAACUCACUAGAGGUAAUAAGAACCUCUGACAGUAAUUUAAUUUUUCACUUUCAUUCUCUUUCUGGAGACACACAAACCACAGUUCUCAUUUGGCAGUAAAUGGCAUAUGAAGGGUUGCUUUUUUUUAUAAUAAUAGGCAAACAAAGUUUAUUAGAAAGAAUAUGCUUUUGUAGUUGUAAGAAUUUUUUUAGUUAAUAUAUUUUCAAUAUUCAAAUAAAAUGCAAACAUUUUUGAAAGUUUGUGGUACAGAACUAGUUCAAAACACUUCUCAGAAUCUCUUCUCCAUUCAGUUAAUUUCUGAGAUGUCCAAAUUUCCGGGGCUCAGAGACAGUGAUGAUAACUCAUCAUGGCAUAAUAAAUAUUCCCACAGUUAAAUUUCCUGUGAUCACUGUGUUUCAGUUCCAUAGUUGUUGUUUUUUUUGGGGGGGGACAUAAUCUUUGUUACCUAUGGAUAAUUAUUUUUUUAAGUUGAUCAGUUUGUUCAUACAGGAUAGUCACUGACAAAUCUCAAGAGUGAAAAACGAAACGAAAUGCAAAGCCAGUUCUGCUACUCCUUUUCUUAGAAACUUCUCAGUGUGAACAUGCCUUGUUUCAUAUACUAAAAUCAGGAAUAUUACAGCUGUUAAUGGAGAGUGCCUUGUUUUUAUUUCUAUUUCAGAUAAUAGAGUGCUUCAGAAGUUUUCUGUUCCUCUAACAGCAAUGCUUCUGUUUUGUGAAUGUGUUAACCUGUAGGGUUGAAAGAAAUGCUCUUCUACAUAUCCAGUGUAAAUUAAAAUGAUUAAAUUGAAUUAACUUUUCCCCCAGAGGCCCUAUUUGUAUUGAAUUUUGCUGAAUUAUGAUGUGAUUUUUUUUAUCUCUUAGAUCUGCUGUGGUUUAAAACCUGGGAGCAAGCUUAGAACACUGAAAAUUUAGCAGGAACUUGGUUUGCGUAUCUUGAGAAAUAAAUCAUUGCAUUGAAAAGCCGGCCUCUCGAUAACCUUACUAUUCAGUAUAGAGGAUAUAUAUGCAGUAUGUGGGCUUUCAUUUUUUUUAUUUUAUUUUACUGACUUAGUUUUUUUCUGCUAUCAUAAGUCCUGCCAGAGAAGUGGGGGAAGCAUAAGUACAGUUUGUGUUUUUUAGACCACCAGUUCAACAGUUUAAUGUCCAUAACGCACACAUUAUUUUUGUGCAUCCAUAAGAAUGCAUGAUUUUUGACCAGGAUAUGAGAAACAGUUGUUUCUACUGAUUCCACCACACCCGACCAGCAGAAUGUGUGUUGAUAUAAGCUUUCUCAUUAUUAAUUCAUUUAUUUAAAGUGAAUUAAGAAUUAGAAAGCUUAUAUUAACACACAUAUUUAAAAUCAAAACAUGACUGCCAAAAGUAUUUAAAAAUGUACAGCCCACUUUCCUUUUGAAAUGUGCUAUGGGGAGCACCUCAUGAUUGGACUUACUUAUUUUGUGCAGUGCUAAAAUUGUUUAUAUGCGAGUAACUUUCCACAGUUCUGUCACAUUGGACCUGCCCAAGAAUAUUCGAAUUACUCAGUACUUGUAAUAACUAACCUUGGUGGGGGGGAUAUCACCUGUUUGUGCAAAGGGCUGCAAACCCAAGAAAAAAUAAAAAGGACUCUCAGGAUGC